AUGGAUGAUUUUUCGCUGCAGGCCCAGCAAAGUUUGACGACAGACAACAAUGAUACUGCUUCAGCCUCGGAAUCAGCGACACACUUGAUGAGCUUCUCAAACGUCUUUUCGCCCAACUUCCAUGAAGAAUCGAUCGUUAGCACGGACGAAAUUUACCCCAACAAGAUCAACUUUCACGAAAUGAAUAGAGAUCAUCGUAACAGUCUUUCGAAUGUGUCGCUGCAGCUGGAUAAUCUCAGCGACUUAGACGACGUGAUUGACCUUGAAGAUUUCAUCUCGUCCGACAUCGAACGCCCCUCACCUCCGAUUGUAGCGCGGACAUCUAUUAGCGGUAGCUUCGUGUCGGGUCGUGCAAGGUACCCACGGCGAUCGCUUGUAAGCGUGAACAAUACCUCAUUUGGACAAGCUUUAAAAUCGGGCCAGCCACUUUCGACUUGCAAGAAUAUUGCCAAGUCUACGCCAAAGACUACUCGACCUCCUACAAGCCAGGUGGGCAAGAGAAAAGCUAGACCACGGAAGAGUAGACUUGAGGAGCUUGCGAUCGCUCAAAUGGAAUGGGAAUCGGUGGAGACAGUUGGCGUUCCACCAGAUCGGCGAUACGACUGCGGCCUGGCAAUAUACAACAGCUUCUUGAUUGUCGUUGGUGGCAUCGUCGGCAACCUCCGGCUGAACGACUUACACAUUUUAGAUCUCGCAGCGCAGCCGGCGCCAUGCUGGAGUAAACCGAUGAUAAGCGGUACAGCUCCACAGUCAGGUAACCUUCUUCAGAUAUUUAUUGUCGACGACAAUUUGUAUGCGAUCGGCGGAACCAUUGACGGCAAAUUUCUAAGUGAAUUGCACCGUGUACACCUCAAGUCUAAUGAAUGGAAGUGGGAAAAGCUAGAAAUUGCCGGAACUCCGCCAUCAAUGCGCUACUGGUAUUCGCUCACAGUCUUGCGUGGCAUCGCAAUUUUGUACGGCGGAUAUAGACCCCCUCACCGAUUGAGCGACACUUUCGCGCUUCGAAUCGAUACUGAAAUACCGACAUGGACAGAGCUCCAACCUCGCGGUGAUAAUCCUGGACCGUCCUCAACACAUUCUGUGUGUGUCGUCAAUGAACGUAUGUACAUAUUUGGAGGAUAUGAUGGCAAAUAUCGUCGCUCCCAGCACUUCGCAUUGGAGAUUGAAACCGUUAAAAGUGAUCACAUUGACUGCGUGUGGCGCAAGGUUGAGAUACGUGGGCCUGGGCCUGCAUCACGCUACACGCAUUCGGGGGCUAGCAUCGGCUCCCAGAUAAUUGUGUACGGAGGCAAUACUGGGAGUAUAAAAGGCGAUGCGUAUGUACUGGGGCUUGAAAGCGACGAAGAUGCUCUGACCUGGAAGCUUGUCAAGUGUGAUCCUCCAUUAAUUCCUCGUGCUUGGCACAGAGCAGUUGUCUAUAAUGAUGCGAUGUACAUUUUCGGAGGGCAUACAACACAGGGCAAUGACAACAGCGUCAUUCGUGUGGCUUUUCACGCGACAGUGCCGUAA